GUGGAAGAUAUCUCAUUUUAAUCAGAAAUGUGCGGGCUGUAAUCUUUUCUCAUUAAGGAAAAUUUUGGCUGUUAUUUAGAGUUUCUGAAAAACCAGUUUUCCAUAAAACCGGAUCUUCAAAGGUCUAAGAGCAACUCCCAUGGUCAUAUUCGGAAUCAGCAUGGUCGAUAACCUAUAACUCACUAGAUUUCAAGCAAAAAGCGAGGGAACCUCGAGAGGUUCUCUCGUGAGGAUACAAAAAUGUAUUUGACAUAAUUAGGACUUAUAAUGACCAACCGAACAUUGAAUAACUCACGGGACAUUUUGAAAUCUAACUAGUUUUUUCGUUAAAAGAUGAGACACUGUGUUUACCCACCCGUCAUAAAUUUGCGAGAAAAAGUAUAAAUCACUUUUUUUCUCAAAACAGUACCACCAUCGAGCCCCAGUUUAGUUCAAAAGUACGAAUAUAGGUAACUAUAUAGGUGAUUUCUGAAUUGCCGGCACCUUAAAUAGCGCUAUAGUAGAAAAAUGAAAUUAGAAAGAAAAGAUGUAAAUUUUGAAUAUCACUUUAUUACUAUUCGAGAUCGAAGGCCUUAGUAAGGUUUAUCCCUUGAUACUUGUAGACUAUCUGGUAAAAUAUUUAUAUUGUAUUUUCUUCUUUUUCAAGGACGAUCACAAAGUAACUAUCGAAGAGUUAUUUCGGAGAUAUGGGACGCAUCCUCAAAAUGGUUUAAGUACUGCAGCAGCAGAAGCAAUUUUGGAACGAGAUGGCCCAAAUGCAUUAUCACCACCGAAAACAACACCUGAAUGGCUUAAAUUUUGCAAGCAAAUGUUUGGUGGUUUUGCUUUUCUAUUGUGGGUGGGAGCUAUUUUAUGCUUUUUCGCACAUGGUAUUACUGUAGCGACAUAUGAAGAACCACCAAAUGAUAAUCUUUGGCUCGGUAUUGCAUUAACUGUCGUCGUAAUCGUAACUGGCUGUUUUUCAUAUUAUCAAGAAGCAAAAAGCUCAAGAAUUAUGGAUUCAUUCAAAAAUAUGGUUCCACAACAAGCACUUGCCAUACGAGAUGGAAAAAAACAAAAUAUAAAAGCAGAAGAGUUAGUUGUUGGAGAUCUUGUUAGUGUGAAGUUUGGAGAUAGAGUACCAGCUGAUAUUCGAAUAUUGGACUCUCACGGUUUCAAAGUUGACAAUUCAUCGUUAACUGGUGAAAGUGAACCUCAAUCACGUUCAUCGGAGUAUACAAGCUUGAAUGCGUUAGAAACAAAAAAUUUAGCAUUUUUAAGCACAUUCGCUGUUGAAGGUAAUGCCGACGGUAUUGUUGUACGUACUGGUGAUAGAUCUGUAAUGGGACGAAUAGCAAAUCUUGCAUCAGGUCUUGAAACUGGUCAGACUCCGAUUGCACGUGAAAUUGGUCAUUUUAUUCAUAUCAUAACGGGUGUUGCCGUGUUUUUGGGUGUUUCAUUUUUUAUCAUUGCUUUUGCUCUCGGUUAUCCGUGGUUAGAAGCCGUUAUUUUUCUAAUUGGAAUUAUUGUCGCCAAUGUGCCAGAAGGUUUACUUGCAACUGUCACCGUAUGUUUAACGUUGACGGCCAAGCGAAUGGCAAAGAAAAAUUGUUUAGUUAAGAAUCUAGAAGCUGUCGAAACGUUGGGGUCAACAUCAACAAUUUGUUCGGACAAAACAGGAACAUUAACACAAAAUCGAAUGACGGUCGCUCAUAUGUGGUUCGAUAAUCGUAUUGUUGAAGCAGAUACAAUAGAGAAUCAACAGAAUCAAACAUACGAUAAAACUUCACAAGGCUGGUUAUCUUUAUCACGAUGUGCUAUGUUAUGUAAUCGUGCUGAUUUCAAGCAAACACCAGAAAAUUUAAAGCAGCCUGUAUUACAGCGGGAAUGUAAUGGCGAUGCCUCUGAGUCAGCAUUAUUGAAAUGUAUUGGUAAUGUUAUCAAAUUUCGAGAAAAAAAUCCCAAAGUGUGCGAAAUACCAUUUAAUUCCACGAAUAAAUAUCAGGUAUCAAUUCACGAGACAAACGAUGAUGAUGAUCGAUAUUUGCUUGUUAUGAAAGGAGCACCUGAACGGAUUUUCGAACGAUGUUCAACGAUCUAUGUUGAUGGAACUGAUAUUCAAUUGAAUGAAUACUGGAAUGGUGAAUUUAAUCGGGCUUACACGGACUUAGGUGGUUUAGGUGAACGUGUGUUAGGUUUUUGCGAUUAUCGGCUACCGAUGUCGGAAUAUCCAAAAGGUUUCGAGUUUAACGAUAGUGAUGUCAAUUUCCAAGUUGAUAAAUUGAGAUUUCUCGGUCUAAUGUCGAUGAUUGAUCCACCAAGAGCAGCUGUACCAGAAGCUGUUGCUAAGUGUCGUUCAGCUGGCAUCAAAGUCAUCAUGGUCACGGGUGAUCAUCCAAUAACGGCAAAAGCGAUUGCUCGUGCGGUUGGUAUCAUAUCGGAAGAGUGCGAAACAGUCGAUGAUAUUGCAACUCGUCUUCAUUUACCUGCUGAUCAAGUAGAUCCAUCUGCAGCUAAAGCAUGUGUAGUGCACGGAAGUGAUCUCAAAAGUAUGGACAGUAAUCAAUUAGAUCAUGUAUUAGCUACUCAUUCAGAAAUUGUAUUUGCGCGAACAAGUCCGCAACAAAAAUUGCUUAUUGUCGAAGGAUGUCAACGUCUAGGUGCUAUUGUGGCUGUUACAGGUGAUGGUGUUAAUGAUUCGCCAGCAUUGAAAAAAGCUGACAUUGGAGUUGCCAUGGGCAUUGCUGGAAGUGAUGUUAGUAAACAAGCUGCCGAUAUGAUAUUGUUAGACGAUAAUUUUGCUUCGAUUGUCACGGGUGUCGAAGAAGGUCGAUUGAUAUUCGAUAAUUUAAAGAAAUCGAUUGCUUAUACUUUAACAUCAAACAUUCCCGAGAUCACACCAUUUCUUAUGUAUUUAAUUACUGACACACCUCUAGCAUUAGGUACAAUAACCAUUUUAUGCAUUGAUUUGGGAACAGACAUGGUACCAGCUAUAUCACUUGCCUAUGAAAAAGCUGAAUCAGAUAUUAUGAAACGACUACCAAGAGAUCCACUAAGAGAUCGACUUGUAAACGAACGCUUAAUAUCGAUGGCCUAUGGCCAGAUUGGUCCGAUUCAAGCAUCAGCCGGCUUUUUUACCUAUCUCGUUAUAAUGGCUGAGAAUGGUUUUCUACCUAGUCGUCUCUUAGGUUUAAGAAAAUCAUGGGAGGCAAAACAUAUCAACGACUUGCAAGAUUCAUAUGGACAAGAAUGGGUAGGUUAA